UGGGCCUUGUACGGGAGGGAGCGCGAUAGAAGGGCGGCGAACAACGGCGUAGAGAGGGCCGAUGCCCAGGCGCUUGCGUAUCGCGCAGCCUUGCAUGCCGUGUCCAAUGAGUGAUGCGUGGAUUAAUAAGCAACGGCGUCUGUGCAGUGCAUGCACUUAACUUGCCUUCAUGCCGGCCGGGCUGUUGAAUUCAGCGUCGACGAGCACACGACAGUAGGAGAGCUGCGCGAUAAGAUCGCACACGAGUUUGGUGUCGAGCCAGCUAAACAAAAACUGCUUCUGCGCGGGGCACUAGCUGACGAUUCGGUAGCAGUGUGCAAGGCCGUACCUGCCGGCAGCAGAGUGAUUCUGAUGGGCACGGCAACGCGCGAAUUGAGCCAGUUCAACGACACCGUAGCAAGGCGUGAACAGGGUCGGCGCAACAACGCAAAAUUUAUGGCUACCGCCAGCUCCGUGUACCGCACACCGCGAAUCGGCACUCUGGACGGAUCUGACCAGUACACGUUCCACUCAUUUGAGACCCUGCCGGAGCUGCCAAAGCGCGACCAGGCAAUGGCGGUUCUGCGCAGGCUGGCCAACGACGAGGGCGUGAAGCAAAUUAUGCAGAAGCGCAAAUACAAUGUCGGCGUGCUGCGCGAGCUGCACCCGUUCGAACGGACGAUUCUUGGGUACAACAGAAACCGCGGCGAAGUCAUUGCGCUGCGGCUGCGCACUGACGACCUUGAGGGGUUCAGGGAUUACCUCAAUAUCCGGCAGGUGCUGAUGCAUGAGCUGGCACAUAUGAUCUGGGACGAGCACGACGAGCGGUUCCAUAGCCUGAACCGCGAGCACUGCAGAGAGGUCGUGGAGCUGGAUUGGACCAAGCGCGGUAACCGCAUUGCUGGCGCAGGUGCAGAGUACUACGACCCGAAGAUCGAGAUGGAGGUUGAUGGCGGGUCGUUGAAGCCGCAGGGAUUUGUUUUGGGCGGCAAGGCGCCGGAGCUUCCGCCUGCCCAGGACUCUGGGGAUGGCGACCCUGCCAGUUCCCGGCGAGAGCUCAUGUACCGCGCAUACGAGAAGCGCAACAAAAAGUGAUAUAUUCUAGUUUCACGCCUAUUUUGUUAAAC